ACAUCAAAGAUGUCGCCAGAACGGUAAGUGACGUCGCGUCUAGCUUGCCCUGGCUCCCCUGGCUUGUCAUUGCGGUCACAAGUUUUCUAUUUUUAACAAACCUUACCAAAAGAAUGAAUUGUUAUUCAAAUUGCGGUCGCAAAUCUACGUAAAAAUUAAAUUCAAAAUUCCGCCACGAAGGAGCUAAAAGGAAUUAAAGUCGACGUUAAAUCUGAAUUGUUAACCUCUCUUGAUGCUUCAGAAGCACAGGAUUAGAGUAUACGCAAUUUUAUUCUGGGAUAGGAAUAUGAGGUGAUAUUUAUUCUUCGUGUCGCUUACCUCAACAUGAGCUACAACAAGAAAGUCGCGUACUUUUACAACCCGGAGGUGGGUAACUUCCAUUAUGGGCCGGGUCAUCCUAUGAAACCCCAUCGGCUGUCUGUCAUCCAUAGUCUGGUGCUCAACUAUGGCCUCCACAGGAAGAUGCAAAUUUAUCGACCGUAUCGUGCCAGCACCCACGAUAUGUGUCGCUUCCACUCGGAGGACUACGUGGAAUUUCUACAACGCGUUACUCCACAGAAUCUGCAAGGCUACACAAAGUACCUGAGCCACUUCAACGUGGGCGACGACUGCCCCGUGUUCGACGGCCUCUUCGACUUCUGCUCCAUGUACACCGGCGCAUCGUUGGACGGCGCUACCAAGCUGAAUAACAAUUGCUGCGAUAUCGCCGUUAACUGGAGCGGUGGGUUGCAUCACGCCAAGAAAUUCGAGGCGUCCGGCUUUUGCUACAUCAACGACAUUGUGAUCGCUAUAUUAGAAUUGCUUAAGUACCGUGCCCGAGUGCUGUACAUCGACAUCGAUGUACAUCACGGAGACGGCGUGCAGGAGGCCUUCUAUCUGACCGAUCGCGUCAUGACCGUAUCGUUUCAUAAAUACGGCAAUUACUUCUUCCCCGGUACCGGUGACAUGUACGAGAUCGGCGCCGAAAGCGGCCGAUAUUAUUCGGUAAAUGUACCGCUGAAAGAAGGAAUUGACGAUGGAUCGUACAUUCAGGUCUUCAAGCCCGUCAUAUCUCACGUGAUGGAGUUCUUCCAGCCAACGGCGAUAGUGCUUCAAUGCGGUGCCGAUUCCCUCGCCAACGAUCGACUUGGCUGCUUCAGUCUCAGUACAAAGGGUCAUGGCGAGUGCGUGAAAUUCGUGAGGGACUUGAAUGUACCGUUGUUGACUGUCGGCGGUGGUGGUUACACUUUGCGAAACGUCGCUCGAUGCUGGACUUACGAGACAUCCUUGCUCGUCGACGAGCAAAUCAGCAACGAGUUGCCGUACACCGAAUACUUGGAAUACUUCGCGCCAGACUUUACUCUACAUCCCGAAGUCGUGACCAGACAGGAUAACGCCAACAGUAAGCAGUACUUGGAAGCGAUCACGCGACACGUCUACGACAAUCUCAAAAUGAUUCAGCAUUCGCCGAGUGUGCAAAUGCAGGACGUCCCGUGCGAUGCGUUGCCGCCCGAAGAGGAGAGACAGCCAGAACCGGAUCCGGACUCGCGACAAAAUGCGCAGGACACGGACAAGAUUGUGGAGCCUGCGAACGAGUAUUACGCUGGGGAUAAAGAUCAGGACAAGUUAGAUGUGAAUGAUUCGUGAUAAGAACAGUGAAAGAGAUUGUAAAGUAUUGCUCGAAAAUUUCUGAUCUUUUGUACGAUACACGGAUUAAGCGCGAUUAGAAUAUUUUAUAUUAGUUAAUCGACAAAUUGCCGUGAAAAAUAUUGAAGUAAUCUUUUUUAUAAUUGAUUUUAAGAUAAUAAGUAUGAUAAACUAUUAUUUAAUAUAAAAUCUAAACUUUUUCGAGACUUCUUAUCAUUAUACGACAACAAUUAUUACAAUAUAUUGUU